AUGGUUGCUCAUCACCCUUAUAUCCUCGAUGCCGUUCGCCAAAGUGAUGGAGCCGCAGUUGUUUUGAAAAAAACGAAGAAAUCAACUCAUCCUCACGAGGCGGAAAUUGCCCAAUUCCUCUCUUCCCCUCCACUCACUUCCGACCCUCGAAACCACUGUGUCUCCAUCUACGAAACUCUCCAGGAUCCCACAGAAGAGGACGUGGUGUUACUGGUGAUGCCAUUGCUCCGGCUUUAUGAUGAGCCCAGGUUUGAAACAGUCGGAGAGGCCGUCGAAUUUUUUUGGCAAAUGAUCGAGGGGAUGCUCUUUAUGCACGAACAACAUGUUGCUCAUCGCGACUGCAUGCAACUCAAUACAAUGAUGGAGCCCACGAUGUAUCCAGAUCUGUUUCACCCAGUUAAGUCCACAAAAAAGCAAGACCUCAGCGGCCCCGCCAAAUACUAUUCGCGAAUAGAACGUCCACCCAGGUACUACUACGUGGAUUUCGGAUUGUCUAGGAAGUACGACCCAAAGGACGGUCCUCCUCUGGAGCCUCCGAUCUUAGGCGGUGACAGGAGUGUUCCUGAAUUUCAGGGGAUUGGUUAUCACAAAACCAGUGACCCCUUCCCUACCGACAUCUACUAUCUGGGAAAUUUGAUACGACAAGGCUUCUUGCACAGAUAUCGCGGACUGGAAUUCAUGGAUGCUCUCGUUGCCGACAUGGUGCAGGAAGAACCGGAAAAGCGUCCAACGAUCGAGCAGGUCGCUGAGCGCUUUGCCGAAAUCCGGUCAAAAUUGUCGUGGUGGAAGUUGCGUUCGCAGAUUGUCCGGAGGCAUUAUGGAAUGUUCAUACGUUUCCUGAGUGCCGUCAGACACGUAUACCGCACAGCAGGAUUUGUUGUUAGGCGACUCCCACCGGUUCCCACUCCUCCCUCGUAG